AUGCCGGAAAUCACGGACGUCAAACUGUUUGCCCUGAGCGCUGCAGUGCUGUAUAUCAAGUUCUUGAUCUGUACGAUGGUCCAAGGCCGAAAGGCCUUUGCUGCCGGUACGCGCAUGGCAGAGGACAGCAAGUUACCGCUCGCUAUGAACGUCCAACAAGAUGGGUUCAUCGACCUCACGGAUCACCACGUUCGCACAGCGGUCGAGGAGGAAAUCCGGUGGAAACGCAUCAUCCAGAACGAUCUCGAGUCGAUGCCAAUGGCGUACAUCGUGUUCUGGAGUGCCAUCUGUGUCGGGGUGAACGCGGACAUCACUAAGGUGCUACUUCUGGUCUACACGAUCGCUCGGAUUGGCCACACCAUUGUCUACUCUCAGAGUUUGGCUCGCGCUCGCUUGUUUUUCUGGGUCAUUGGCACGGUAUGCAUCAUCACGUGUGCCGUGACAAUUGUCGUAGCUGCGUUGGUCUAG